UCUUUCAGUCGUUUUGUCAGUGUGUCACAACAAUGAUAGUCGAACUUGAAAAAUUCGGGUGUAGGUGGUGAUGUCUUAAUGACAAUGCGGAGCAGCAGCUCGGAACUGCUCCUAGAUCAACAAGAGGAGUUACGCCGAAGAAAACUAGCUGAAUUAACAGCCCAGAAAAAGGUUGUGAAACCUAUAGGCGGCCGAUCAUGUCGUGAGCAGGCUUUAUUCUACUCGACUGCAGUUUUGGCCGUCAUUUCAUUGUCAGCCGGAUCCUCCUUGCUAUUCCUUGUGCCUCUUUAUGUCGACCCUGCCAUCUCAACAUUGGUGUCGAAUUUUGUAUCCGAACCAGUCACCUGUGUCACCACACGUAUGGAAAAACUGACUGGGUUAGCGAAUUGUUCAUGGAGCUCUUGCAGGGAGGGCUGCACCAGUGAUGCCUAUCAUUGUACUCAUAUCUACGUAAGUUACAACGAGUCAUCUCCAAUAGACUCUUCGCUGAAUCAGACAGACGAUGCGGUCCUUCUCGUGAAUAUCAAAGGGUGCGGGUAUCCGCCUAGUGUACUUUGUGCUAAUUUUACCGAAACAUAUGGCAUAGAAGGAACUGAAUUUCCGUGCUAUCACUCGAAAAUUAAUCGUACUGUUGUACUUUCCCAUUAUGAAAAAGACGAACAAGUUGCUGUAAUCAUCCAUUAUUUUGCGGUUCCUUUUGUAAUCACCUUAGCUACUUCAGUUGCAUUAUGUGUAAUGCACUGUGACUGCCGAUGUCAUCCGACCACUCAUCACAAGAGAGGUAGGAGACCUAGAAUUCAAGAUCUUAGCGAUGGUUCUCUCGGAAUAGAUGUGGACCUUCGACAAACAACUAGUUACAAUUCUGAUAUUGCAGCAAUAAGGCCUAUGUAAGAAUUCGGUUUUGUCUCCGGAUGGGACAUUAAUUGUGCCUGAAGCUUGUCUUUUGAAAAACAAUCCGUCAAAUUUUUUUCGUUUAAUUUUAUAAAUCAUUUAUUUCCAAACAGAAUUUCAGCCAUCUUCCAUUUUAUAGAUUCUUAAUUUAACUGCUUCUCUCAGAAUCCACAUUGUUUGUUGUACAUAAACGAAUAUUAUACCUAUUGUAAAUAGUCAUCAAUAAAUAUAUCAUAAAAUCGAAUGGAUUAGGUUGGAACAAUGAAAACAUAAAUCAAAAUCGUCGAAAAAUAUGAUCAAAUAAUUAGAUGAACCAAAACAUUGAAAUUGAUUUUUGAAAUGAGACUUGCCGACAAAAAAAACAUAUCAAAAAAAUUCAAAAAAGCUGAAUCUAUUUUCACUACUGAAAUUAUUUUUUCAGGAUUGAAAGAUAAUCGCCUAGGGUUUGAUUUUCAUAAGACUGCUUCAGAAGGUGCAAUGAUGUAUUGAAUAUCACAAUAUAACGAACUGCUUCUUUAACUUUAUAGUUUUUAAAAAACCAUUAUUUGAUAUACUAGCAUAGAAUUUUAUUGGGUAUCACGAGGGUGGGAAUGAUUGGAAAACCGAAAUUUUCAAUUUUAAAAUAUGUUGGUAAUUUUCAUAUUAUCAUUAAGGUAUAUUAUUGUCUAUGGUUGUUAUUUAAAUUAAGGUGAAUGCGGUACACCAUGAAUCAAUCAGAAAAAAGCUUUCUUUCAAUAUAUACUUUAAUUUUAUGCGGAUGCAGCUGCCUUAUAUUUCCAAGAGAUAGCUCCGUCUAUGUUAAACGACAAUAUUAUAUAAACAGGGAUACUAUAUUAUAUUAAGGUACAAUGAGGAGUUCAUUCGUGAGUUGAUACGAUCGUUCAGUACAGUCAUUCCUAUUUCUUAAAGAUAAAACAAACCAAAAUUGUCUUUUUCUGAUGAUAUACAAUAUAAAUUAUCACUUUAAUCGAUAAUAGAGGGACUGUAUGAAAUCAAUUCGAAUUGUUCAGGUCAUUGGUUAUCGAAAGGGACACCGUGUGUAGGGUUUUUUCUAAUAUAGCCUUAAAAAAGUAAUUUUUCAUUCACUUAUAUUGAAAGCUUUCACAUACAGACAAUACACUUGCCUUCAUAUAGUAAGGAUCUUCAUUGACAAUAUGAAGAUGAAAUUUCGUUCCUUUGGAAUAUACCUACAAAUGAAUCUUUGUCGUUAGUAGACUACCCAGCUAUCAUAUAAUGGUGUGCUGUUUAGUACUAUUAGCUUGCAUUUCUAUCACUCAGUUUCCUCAUUUAAAACUGGGGUUCUCGAAGCAUCUACUAAUAAAACAUAGAGUUAUUUGGGUAUAUUCAAUUCUUCACAUCCCAAUAUGAAAUAAGUGAAGGAAUUAAACCAACUUGCCUUCAAUCGGAAAAAGUUUCACGAAUUUUCAAAAUCCUAGAAUUGAGACAUCUAAAGAUAAGUGCUUGUUAAGAACGUUCAUAUCUAGAGAUUCUUUUAUCUGCUUCAAUAUUGAUUAUCUGGCGAGAUUAUCUCUUGGAGAUGAAGACCUCGUCUUGUAGCGCUUGAAGAUUGCUUGAUCCUGAUCUAACAGGAUAUUUAACCUGCGAUGUGGAUUUGUUGUGGUAUUGGAAUGGAUCUUUGAAAAAAAUUGAGGAUUAACCUUCAGUUUCUUCUGUAUCUGUAAUGUAUUGGUGUUAGAGGAGUGUAUUAUUUCCUUAAUCGUAGUAUAAAUCAAAUAUUGUAUAUUAUAUCGAAAGAGAUUUGUGGUUUAAACUGAA